AUGUCAGAGCACGGCGGUGAGACAAAGGACGGCGGCAGCUCUGGCGGCGAGAGGUAUCCGCCGUUUUCUGCCUCAGAUAAAUUAACCAUCGUGGUCGGGGACACUCACUUCUCAGAGGAAAAAAAACUACUGGUCCAGAGCUGUGACUACUUCCAAGCUCUGUAUCGAUCGGGGAUGAAGGAGUGUCAGCAGGACGAGAUCCACCUCAAGUCUCUGCGCGCUCGAGGCUUCCUCAUCGCCUUGGCGGUUUUACGGGGCGAGAUACCGAUCCUGGACGAGGACGACAUCGUGGAAGCCAUUGAAUGUGCUGCGUUUCUGCUGGUGACACCGCUCACCAAGUAUCUUAUCGACCGUAUUGAUGGCGAUAACUGUUUGCUGAUGUGCCACACCGCGGCGACCUUCGGCCUCAUGCAGCUGCAGCACGCCGCCGCGCUGUUCAUCAGAGACAUGUACGAUGACCUGAAGGCAGAUGUCAGGAACGCCUUGCCGUCGGACCUGAUUGCUUACAUAGAGGCUUUGACUCCUCAGAUACUCGUGGCUGUGGGGGCCCAUGUGACCUGCGGCGUGGAUGAGACGGUGCACGCUGCCUCCAGGACGGUCUGCUGCCUGGAUGAAACCAGCAAUGGCUGGAACGUACUGACAGAUCUUCCACUAGAGGCCAGCACCUCCAUGGCUGGUGUGACGGUUCUGGACAACAAACUGUACGUCGUCGGAGGCGUUCACGGAGUCCAGAAACAAGUGGUGGACGCCUGUUUCUGUUACAGCCCUGAAAAUAACAGCUGGUGCAGGAUCGCCGGUCCGGCACAGCUGCGCUACAAUCUCAGCCUGGUGGGCGUAGACAGCUGUCUGUACGCCAUCGGAGGAGAGUACGAGCGAACGGUCAUGUCAUCUGUGGAAAUAUACAACACAAAAACUGACAGGUGGACGUUUGCCGCUCACUUGCCGCGGCCGGCGGCAGGAGCAGCUAGCACCAAAACCAUGAGCAGGAUAUUUGUGUGUUUGUGGAAGCCAAUGGAAACCUCAGAGAUUUAUGAGUACAUGUCAGGAAAUGACGAGUGGCGGCUCGUGACCACGCUGAUCAGACACCAGAGUUACGGCCACUGCAUGGUCGGGCACAGGGACGACCUGUACGUCAUGAGAAACGGCCCGUCGGACGACUUCCUCAGGUGUCUGAUGGACUGUUACAACCUGACAACGGGCCAGUGGUCGUCGCUGCCGGGACAUUUCGCCAACAGCAAAGGCUCACUGUUCACGGCCGUGGCGAGGGGCGACUCUGUGUUUACGCUCAACAGAAGCAUGACUCUGGAGUACGUGGUCCACCAGAGGAACUGGAAGCCCAGGAGACAGAUGAAGGGUUUCCCAAGGAGCGGCUCUGUGUGGACGUUUCUGCUCCGACUGCCGGGCCCUCUCAUGGCACCCUGA